AUGUUUAAACCUCUUGGGCUAUUCUCUACUAUACAAUGUCCACAGAGGAAAACAUGCCAUCGCAGACCAUGUCCGUUCUCGCAUGAAGAUCCCAUCCUUACACAGCACCGCGCCUCUUCAUCUACAGUACCAGCGACAUCGAGCACACCAACAAAGGACCGCGUCGUGCAGAAGAACAGUUCUCCUAUUCCCACUCCAGACCGGGAACGCCUUGUGAACAGGAAGGCUUCUCCUAUUCCCGCGACCGACACUCCCAAUGUCAUCCCUGCUAAGAGACACGUAGAUCCUCUCAGGGGUGCGGAAGACGAACGGCCUAGAAAGUUCAAGGCUGUUGCUGCCCCUGUUGCAUCGACGAGUACAUAUGGUACAGUGACCCCGCGGAAAACAAUUCCGGUAUCCGUUCCUGUCCCGAUAUCCGAAGCAACGACUGGUCCACCUGUCCUCGCCAUCAACGCCGCCAACUCUAGGAUCCCUAUGAAAGAUAGACAAGUGAUGGUUUCUCGUCUCUGGGAAGAGUUCACCAAGCUCUACGCUUUAAUCCGUCCCGGGCCAGCGCCAGAACUGGCAAGAGAACAUGCGCUUAAGCAGGAGGCGGACGUGUACGACAAGACGAACAAGAUGACAUAUCGGAAUGCCAUCAUAACUACUAUUGCCGUGUUGAAGAAACGCAUUGCGCCCACCACGAGCUCUCACCCUUCAGUCGGCACCGAGGCACAGGUUGCCGCCCGCCUUCGCGAGCAACAGUCCAUCUCCGCCCUACUCGUCACCGCCAACGACCUCGAGCUAGCCGUUCUGUCCAAAGAAGACAUGCUGAAGUGGGAAUACGUUGUCGACGCUCCCGAAGGUCCCGGCGGUGAUCGAGUUGCGGACGAAGGGCUCACGAAGACGUGCGAACGAUGCGGGACAGAGUUCGCCGUGCAUGGCGAGGGUUUCGACAGCGCCGAGUGCAAGUUUCAUUGGGCACGACCACGUAUGCAGAAGGUUCCUGGAGGGAAGAAGGAGAAGUUCUACGCAUGCUGUCAAUCUAGCGAUUCACGCGAGGGAUGUCAGCUCGGAGCACAUGUGUUUCGCGAGCUCUCAACAGAGGACCUCCAUGCCAGGCAUCCUUUCACACCGACGGCGCCUUUUGCUGCAGACAAGGGAAAGGGGACGAUGUUGGAUGUGGUCGCGUUGGACUGUGAGAUGAUAUAUACCACGCAGGGGAUGAGCUGUGCACGGGUGACGGUGGUUGAUGCGGGAGGGAACGAGGUGCUAGAUGAACUGGUGCGGCUGGAUGAGGGUGUGAAACCACUAGACUACAAUACACGCUUUUCUGGCAUCAGGAGUCUUCAAAAUGCCGUGCUUGACUUGGAAGGCGUCCGUGCCGCGCUCUCACACAUCAUCGGGCCCGAAACGAUCAUCAUCGGCCACGCGCUAGAAAACGAUCUCAAAACCAUGCGCAUGCUCCAUUAUCGUGUAGUCGACACGGCCGUCGUCUUUCCGCACCAUCACGGUGCUCCAAUACGACAUGCCCUUAGGGAGCUGGUCAAGGUUCAUUUGGGCCAGCUAAUCCAGACCGCCGGGGCGGAGGGACAUUCGAGUGCUGAGGAUGCGACGGCGGCACUGAAUUUGGUCAAGUUUUGGGUGAAGAGGGAGAGGGAGAAGAAGACGGCUGGAUUGAGCACGAGCACGGCACCUGCCGUUGUUGUGAAGAAAUCUGAGGACGUGGAGAUGAACGCAUCGAAUGCAAGUGGAAUCAACGGUACAGUUUCGUAG